AUGACGACAGAACCGAAAACUGCCAACUCUACCCAUUUGUCCGGGGAUUCCUCGGGUCAUGAACGUGAUAAUGUACACCUUGAAAGGCUGGGAAAGAAACCGGUGUUAAAGCGAACAUUUGGAGUUUGGGCAGUCUUGGGCUUGAGCUGCACUGUGCUUGGAACAUGGGAAGGAUUACUUGGUGGAGGAUCUGCCGGGGCAGUGUAUGCCUUUAUCUUUGCUUGGACUGGCACCGCUUGCUGUUUUUCGGUUCUCGCAGAGCUGGCAUCAAUGGCACCAACCUCCGGAGGCCAAUACCACUGGUGUGCCAUGCUGGCUCCAAUAAGCUGCAUGAAGUUUUUGAGCUACAUAACCGGCUGGACUUCCGUCAUUGGGUGGCAGACUGCAUUGGCUGCGGCUGCCCACCUGGCUGGUACUCAAAUACAAGGUGUUGCCAUUCUUGUUUACAGCAAUUACGAUGCUAAAGCUUGGCACGGGACAUUAGUGAUGUGGGCUUCUCUUUUGUUUGCGGUUGCUAUUAAUCUAAUUGGUGGCAAACUUCUUCCUCGAUUGGAACAAGGUAUUCUGGUGCUCCACGUCCUCGGGUGCUUGGCGAUCAUCAUACCGAUUGCCAUACUGGCUGACCACAGAUCCAAGCGAGAGGUCUUCACGGAAUUCCUCAACGGCGGAGAGUGGCCAACCCAGGGUCUGUCUUGGUUUGUCGGACUCUCGGGGUGCGCUUUUUCAUUUGCCGGAGGGGAUUCGGUUGUUCAUAUGGCUGAGGAAAUCCAUAAUGCAGCCAUCGUUCUUCCACGUGCGAUAAUGCUGAGUGUACUAAUCAAUGGCAUACUCGGGUUCAGCAUGCUCAUCGCUAUUCUCUUUUGCAUGGGCAACAUUCAAGACGCUUUGAAUUCUCCGACAGGGUAUCCAUUCAUCGAAAUCUUCUUCCACUCAACUGGAUCAAUAACAGGAGCUGUUCUCCUAUGCACCAUCGUACUCUUGAUAUCGAUGUUUGGUGUGAUGGGUAUGAUCGCUGCUGCAUCACGGCAGUUCUGGUCAUUUUCAAGAGACAGAGCAAUCCCCGGCUGGCGAUUGUGGGUUAAGGUAUUGCCGUCAAACCGGAUACCCAUCUAUUCCAUUCUCAUCAUAACAGCCAUUGCCUGGCUGCUAUGUCUCAUGAAUAUUGGAUCCGAAGUUGCGCUCCAAGAUAUCCUAUCAAUCGCAGUGUCCGCCAUAUACCUAUCCUACCUGAUGGUCGCUUCCUUGCUGCUCUAUCGCCGCUGCAAGGGGCAAAUAUUUAGUCAAAAUGAAGGGGACGGCGCCAUUAAUGUCCCAGGUGCUAGAUUGGUCUGGGGACCAUUUCACGUCCCUGGUGCCAUCGGUACGAUCAUCAAUUCGUACGCCGUCGUUUAUAUUAUUAUCGUUAUAUUCUUCAGUUUCUGGCCCCCGCACAUCUCGCCCACCGUCACAACGAUGAACUUCAGCGUUGUUGGGACAUUUGGCACCAUCAUACUAGCAAUUGGUUACUACUUGAUACGUGCCAGACAUGUUUACACUGGACCCGUGUUGGAGACGACGUCUUGA